AUGAUACUGGAACCAGCAGCCAAUCACAGUCCAGACUGUGGGUCUGUGUGCAACGAGUCCGCAGCUCUGGAGGGCCAGGGGCCACCGGUGCUGGUCGACGCCUGGCUGGUCCCCACUUUCUUCAGCCUUAUCAUGCUGGUCGGCCUGGUCGGGAACUCGCUGGUCAUCCAUGUGGUCACCAAGCACCAGCAGAUGAAGACCGUCACCAACUUUUAUAUAGUAAACCUGGCCACGACCGACAUCUUCUUUCUGGUCUGCUGCGUUCCCUUCACUGCCACACUGUACCCACUGCCCAGCUGGAUCUUUGGAGAGUUUAUGUGCCGACUGGUGAACUACCUUCAGCAAGUGACUGCUCAGGCAACAUGUAUCACCCUGUCAGCUAUGAGUGUGGACCGCUGCUACGUGACCGUCUAUCCUCUGCAGUCACUGCGACACCGCACCCCGCGCAUGGCUCUGGCCAUCUCUGUGUCUAUCUGGAUAGGCUCCUUGCUUCUGUCGAUCCCCGUAGCCGUGUACCAGCGUCUGGAGGCAGGAUACUGGUUUGGUCCUCAGACGUACUGCAGUGAGGUCUUCCCCUCGGCCCGCCUCCAGAGAGCCUUCAUCAUCUACAGCUUCCUGGCUGUCUACCUGCUGCCCCUUCUCACCAUAACCGCCUGUUACGCCUUCAUGCUCAAGCGCAUGGGGCGACCCAGUGUGAAUCCCAUCGACAGCAGCUACCAACUUCAGGCUCAUGCAGAGCGAGCAGCAGCAGUGCGGGCGCGAGUCUCCCGGAUGGUGGUGGUGAUGGUGGCCCUAUUCCUCAUCUGCUGGGGCCCCAUCCAGGUUUGCAUCCUCCUGCAAGCUUUUGGCCUCCGCAGUUACGUCCUAUACAAGCUGAAGAUUUGGGGUCACUGCAUGUCUUACUCCAACUCUUCCGUCAACCCGCUGGUUUACGCCUUCAUGGGCAACAACUUCAGAAAGGCCUUCAAGCACGCCUUCCCUGCCAUAUAUCUGUGGCGCACAAGGGCGAGAGUGAGGGUGGGAAACAUGGACGCAGAGGACGGGGGUGAGACAGAUUGCCAGGCACCCAAGGGAGAAGCAGAGAUGCAAUUUCUUUCAUCUGGGUCCUAAAGGUCAUGCUGGGCAUUCGGACACUGUGCGCUCAUUGUUUAUUUAUAGUUUGUUCUGGAGAUGAGAGCAGUCUGCUCUCUCUCUCUCUCUCUCUCUCUCUCUCUCUCUCAUACACACACACACACACACACACACACACACA